UCUAUCAACAAUGGCUUUCAAGUUCGUAGCUUUCGCCACUCUUUUGGCUGCCGCCAACGCUGGUGUGAUCGGCACCCAAUACGCCGCCGCCCCAUUGGCUUACUCCGCCGCCCCAGUUGCUAAAUUGGCUUACUCCGCCCCAGUGGUAGCUAAAGUAGCUGAGGAAUACGACCCAAACCCACAAUACUCUUACGGAUACGAUGUCCAAGAUUCUUUGACCGGAGACAACAAGCAACAGCAAGAAACCCGCAACGGAGAUGCCGUCCAAGGUAGCUACUCCCUCGUUGAUGCUGACGGCUUCAAGAGGACUGUAGAAUACACCGCUGACCCAAUCCACGGAUUCAACGCUGUAGUCCACCGUGAACCUUUGGUAGCUAAAGUAGCCGCCCCAGUCGUCGCCAAAGUAGCUGCCCCAGUACAUUACGCCGCCGCUCCAAUCGCUAAAGUAGCUUACGCCGCUGCCCCAGUACAUUACGCCGCCGCCCCAGUAGCUAAAGUAGCUUACUCAUCUCCUUUGGCUUACGCCGCCCCAGUCGCCAAGAUCGCCGCUCCUUUGGCCUACGCCGCCCCAGUUGCUAAAGUAUCUUUCUCCUCUCCAGUAGCCAGCUACUACCACUAA